AUGCCAACAGCAGCACCGAAAGUCAAGCCAACAAGGUUCAGCAAGGAGCUCUCCGAGCCUUUGCCCGAGCCGCCAACCUUUGAAGGCCAGCCCGGUGUUCGAAGCAUAGCUGGCGACCUCGGCAACCAACGCGUCAAAGACAAGGUGAUAAUCGUCACCGGCGCCAACUCCCUCAUCGGCAUCGGCCGCGCCUCUGCCCAUCAAUUCGCCCGACACGGCAGUCGCGCCCUGUACCUCUGCGACUUUGACAAGUCCAACCUUGACCUACACAAGCGCGAACUCGCUUCGCUGUAUCCCAGCGUGGAAGUGCACACGCGCCAGUUCGACGCCGCUGACGAAGCUGCCGUCAAAGCCGUGGUGCAGGAAGCCGUGGACAUGUACGGCCGUCUCGAUGUCUUCUUCGCAAACGCAGGGAUAAGCAGUGGGAAGCUGUUCUGGGAGGAGGACAGCGAGGGCUUCAUGAAGGUCAUGCGAACCAAUGCGCUCUCGGUGUUCUUGGCGGCCAAGUAUGGCAGUCUCGCCAUGCGCAAGACCAGUCCAGAGAAACCGUAUCCUGGUGGGAGUAUCAUCGGCACUGCCUCCGUUGCAGGCCUGAAGAGCAAUGCCGGGCCUACAGACUACUCUGCCAGCAAGGCGGCAGUCAUCAGCCUGAUGCAGACGUGUGCGUACCAGCUGGUUGGCAGCGGGAUUCGGUGUAAUGCCGUGUGUCCGGGCCUCAUUGAGACGGGCAUGACCAGGGUUACGUAUGAUGCGGCGCGAGCGAGGGGGAGCGAGAAGAAGAUUGGGCAGUUGAACCCAUUGAGGAGGGGUGGGCAGCCGGAUGAGAUCGCGAGAGCGGUCCUGUUCUUGGCGAGCGACGAGAGUAGCUAUGUCAACGCGCAGGCGUGGGCUGUGGAUGGUGGACUGAGUGGAGGGAUGCCAUUUGUGCCGGGCAAGUUAGCGUAA